CAGACUACAUUAGUAUGAGGUGACACUCCGCGAGGAACGGACGUAUCGAGAGAACGUUGCUUUUAUAUCGAUCUAAACUUCGCGUGUUGAAUGUUCAAAGUUAAUAAUUGUGAAGUGAAUUUUAGACUUUUUUUCAACUAAAAUUAUUCGUUUAAAAUGAAGGUUUUAACGGUAGACGAUAAAACUGUUGUCGAAGAUAGAGAACCAACUGUCGAGAUUGUUGAUAACAAACUAACUAAGGAGGAAUUAAAUAGAGGAUGUCCUCUAGGCGUGUCCCGUGUGACGUGUUCGGUGUACGUGUGCGGUGCGCACGCGCUGCCGGGCGCGGUGCGGGUGCUGCGCCCCGGGUUGGUGGUGAACGCGGCGCCCGAGCUGCCGCCGCCGCCCGACGACUGCGCCCCGCGGUACUACGUGCCAUUACUGGACACACCCAACUCAGAUAUGCAUCCGUACUUGGAGAGAGUCGCUGAUCUUAUCAACGAUGUGGUGUCAAGGGGCGAGGUGGUGUUAGUACACUGCGUGGCGGGCGUUUCCCGCUCUGUCACACUUUGCUUGGCUUACCUCGUAAAGUGGCAGCGGAUGACGCUCAGGAACGCCUACCACCAUCUUAAACUGAGACGACCACAAAUCCGACCGAACACCGGUUUCUUCAAGCAGCUGAUUAAAUUCGAGGAGCGGCUGUUUAGCGAAGCUUCCGUGAAGAUGGUCUACUGCGAGGCGAUCGACAAGGAGAUCCCCGACGUGUACGAGCCUGAUUACAGCGGAAUGACAUGGUUCAGACAGCGGUACGGACCUAUUGAAAACAGUUGAGUCACAUUAGUAAUUAAGCUGUAGUUAGUUCUACUAUUGGCACAAAUCGUUUUGUACGCUUGUCAAUAUGCAGCUUUUUAUUUGUGUACAAUUAAAAUGUUUAUCAUAGGUUUCCAGUGUCGAAAGACUGAUACAAGAAAAUAUUGUUUACACUCUAAUUUGAA